UGCCUUCUUACCUGAUUCCUCUGUAUUUAUCGUUUCCUCUCACCCUCUCCACUUUCAGGGGUUCUCAUCUUUGUUGUAUGCAUUUAUGCGGGACACUGAUGGAAACCCGAGAACUCCACGCGAUCCAAACACAAAUCUUCCGAACCUGGGACGAACAGACCAUGGGACAUUCAGAGCAGCUUCAAGUACCAUAGACAUUGUCAACCGAGAAUGGAAAGCAGCGCUUGGUACGUUCAGUUUGUCAGUCUGGACACUGAAAACUCCUCACGUUUU